CAACAAAAGGCUUUUUCAUCCCUGCACAGCAGCUGAGCUUGUUGUGUCACAGCCGUCCUCGCACACACACCUCCAUCACCUGAAGAAGAAAGCACAAAAAAAAGAGACGAGAGUGAGAAUUCAGAAAAGGGAUGAAGAAAGUAUCAAACAACUAAGAGGAGGAAAAGGUAGAGGAAGGAAAGGAGAGAGGUCGGCGUGUCAAAGGUAGAUAAUGUGAGAGAGAGGUAAAGUUCAGGGGGUAUAGAGUGUCACCUAAAGGAUCAGGAGAUAACCAGCAGGGGCAGAGGUGCAGGAACUCAAUCCUGAAGCCAAAACAACUGAUGAUGAUAAAAAGCUCCUCACCUGAAGACACCACGGGACAGAGAUGGACGAGUGUCUGCUGAAGCUCUGAGGAGAGGAAGCAGCAGAGGAAGGAGAGUGGGUAGGAAGAAGCAGCUUUUACAUUUCCAUCCUGAUCGCUCGUCUUCUAAUGUUUUACUCUCAAAAAUGCUUUUUUUCGACAAUUUUCCAAACGAUAUGUCAAAUACUGGGACUGUCAUCAGAGUUUUCGACAUUUUUUUUGCUCAUUUGGGUUAAAUCCGACAGUUCUGUUGGACAUCAGUGAAGGGAGAGAGUGAGAGGAGAGCGAGAGCCUGUGUGUUUGUUUGUGUGUGCGUUUGUGUGUGAGCCUGUAACACUGAGAUGUUCAUGCUCAUUCGAGAGCCAUCCGCCGGAGGAGGCGGUGGAAGCAUGAGCGCACCGCAGGAGAGGAGUGCAAAACAGGUGCAAGCUUACAUCAAGAAGAAGGUGGAGAAACAGAGAAAGCGAAGCAUUGACGCUCAAUCUGCAAGCCAUAAGCUUCAGGAGCUCCAAAGGUCCAGAGAACCGGCACAGAUGGCAGAGGAGAAGGCGGAGAACAGCGAAACGAUGGACGAGGAGCUGGAGGAGAUGUUGGCAGGAGGGCAGAGGAGAAAUGUGGAGACGGUGGAGGAGGCAGAGCCCGUAGAUCUGCUGCCCAUCGUGGACUCUGUGUUUGGACAGGACAGGGCGCUGCGGCCUGAGGAGCUUGACGAGCUUCACAAGGCGUUUGUGGAGUUUGAUAGGAACAAAAAAGGCUACAUAAGCCACAGAGACCUGGGGGAGUGCAUGAGGACGAUGGGCUACAUGCCCACAGAGAUGGAGCUGAUCCAUCUGAGCCAGCAGAUCGGUGGCAAAUUGGACUUUGAGGAUUUCGUUGAGCUGAUGGGACCCAAGAUGCUGGCCGAAACCGCAGAUAUGAUAGGUGUUAAGGAGCUGCGAGAUGCAUUCAAAGAGUUUGACUCAAACGGGGACGGUCAGAUCAGUCUGACCGAGCUGCGGGAGGCCAUGAAGAAGCUGAUGGGGGAGCAGGUGACCAACAGGGAGAUCGACGAAAUCCUCAGAGACGUCGAUCUCAACGGGGACGGAUUGGUCGACUUUGAGGAGUUUGUCCGGAUGAUGUCUCGCUGAACCAUCCAUGGAGAUCAGGCAGAAGGACACAAACUACAAUUCUCGACCCGUGGUUUUACAAACUAAAAUUAUAUUUUUUUAUCUAACAUAAGGGAAACACAAAACGGAGAGGCUGUAUACAUAUCAACAGUGUUACAAAUAUCUAAAUGUUGAUGUUUUUGGAUGUAUUUUUAUAUAAGGCUGUUGUUCGUUGAUCUUAUAUCUUGUAUGUAAAAUUGUAAAAAUGUAUUUAAGUAAUAAAAUAUGCAAAUACAUAAGAUUAUAAACUAUUAAA